AUGGACAGCCUCACCCAGGAUGUAUGGGCCAAAGUCACGGGUGCGGCGUCCAAAAUGGCGCAGUGGUCAGACUGGCUCCAUGAAUACAUCAAGGCCCACGGUCUCUUCAAGCCGAUCAUGAUAUUCAUGUUCGUAGGCCAGCUGGUCCAGGUCCUCGGGUGGUGUUUCGCCCUCAUCUGGUGCCACCAACAAAGUCGAGCGCAGGCCACCGCUCCGACCAGAGUCCCAAACAGAGGCCUCACCAUUUCCCCCCGAGCGAAAGCCGCCCCAGUCACCGCCCACUCCAAGCCCCUGCCCGCCACCACCUCUCAACCGGACCACAAGACAGCAGCCAUCCCACCCGCCAACAACAGCAAGCCGCAUCCCCUUUCCCAGACCACCACUAUUACUUACCACGACGCCCCCGACGCCCCCUCCAUCACGACCAACGAUGCAGACAUCACCCCCUCCACCACCCCCGAGUAUCCUACUCCCCAUCAGCCCCUGAUCAAAAAAUGCCGCUAUCGCACCCGCACCCGCCCCCUCUCCCGCUUCCGCCUCGACGCCGACGGCACCCUGUCGCGCUACUGCAAGCUGUGUCCGGACUUCGACCGCGUGCCGCAGCAGCCGCUGCCGGGCGAGCACCCCACCCCGUUCCACACGCGUGUCCUUCGAGGCUGUCCCCCGGGGCUCGGGUGGGAUCCGCCGGCGGGUUCGGUGCCGUUGUUUUGUCGGGCGGAGGGGUCGGAUGAGGAGGAUGGUGUGGAGGGUGAUGAGGGGAUGAAGGAUGAGGAGAUGAUGAACGGGGAGUGGUGGGAACAGGGGUGA